AUGGACCUGGGAUCGCUCCGCUACCAAGUCAUUGCUGUGGAAGGCUGGGGCGGCAGUGGCUCUGCCUCGCAGUCCAUCAGCAACUCCGGCAGCACCAGUUCCGAUGGAAGCACUGGAAGUGGAAGUCGAGGUGGCACUGGGAGUGCUAACUGUUCAGCGCUAUAUGGCCAGUGUGGCGGCACAGGAUGGGCGGGUGCUGCGUGCUGCGUGCUGCUCGUCAGGCACCUGCAGGGUCUAAUCCCUACUUUUCGCAGUGUCGUUAGUGGUGGGUCAUCUUUACCGGCCGAUAAGAGCAGACGAGCUUAG